GGCCUUCACACUCACGGAGCGGUAUAUGAUCAGCAACUUUCCUGGAUGGCGCCCUAUUCCGAUCGUAAGUCGCCACGGAUCUCGCCGAGGUGAGCGUGCAGAGAGUAUGCAGUACAUGAGAAAACGUUACUUUCCAACAGAGCAGUUGGUACCUGAGUACCGAACUAUGUUGUAUUUGGGAAGGGCAUUGAUCGACAUCAAGCGUCUGGAGGCCGGAUGGUCUCCAGACUCUGUCAAUUUCACGCCUCUUACAGACUCGAAUGACCCUGGGACUCAAAAAUUGGCCCAAAACUUGAAGCGAUUGGUUGGCACUGAGCGACAGAUUCGCGCGAAUGCCCCUCGGACUGUUGAAGCUGUGGAGAGUAUUCCACGCGUCGAUCGGGACAGGUUGCAGAGACGAGUGCUGUGGGGCGAGGAUUGGCGAAGGCGCAUUCCAUCGAGGCAGAAGAACGAAUUCACUCGAAGAGUCACUCGCGAGCGUCGUGCUGAACGCCAAGCGAGGGAUCAUGAUGAGGACGAUGCCACUCAGGCCAAUAAGGAAGGUUUCAGAUGACCGUCUCGUGCCAGAGCAUGAGCAAGAAAUUCUUGACAACGAUAGCGAAGCUUCCACGAAGGAAAUGGAUGGCGGAGAGCCGGGCAGCAGUGAUGGUGAAGCCGAGAAGCGUGAGUGAAAGUUACUAGAAGAUUAAUGCGCGGAAUGAGAUGCGCUUAGCGAAGUAUGAAUGAAUAUAAGCAGCUUCACUCC